AUGGGUGAAAGUAGCACAAACCUGAGUUACUUGCUCUACUCAGCUUUUGCAGUCAACAUGUGUUACGGUGCAGAAAAAGCAAUGUUGCUGGGAGAGGGAAUUAUUUUCCUGAUUUCACUGGGAGGCCGGGCACAAAGGAAACAUAUGUUGAAGCUAGCAUUAGACGCAACGAGGAACGUGGGAGAAGGAGUUGGUCAUAUGGGUGAUGUAUGCAACAUGACUUGCACUGGUGGUGAUUAA